AUGUCUGGAUUCAACAUUGCUACACCUUCGAUGACGACACCUGCUAUGCAGACACCAUCUAUUCCAACACCUCUUCACAAUUCGACUCCUUUUGCACUUCCUUCUACUCCUGCACCCAUUGAUGCACCCACACCUAGUAGAGACGCAAAUCCUUAUGCUGUGGCGGGUAUCACACCUACCUUACAAAAUAUUGUGGCUACUGUGAAUUUGGAUUGUCGUUUAGAUCUUAAGACAAUUGCUCUUCAUGCUCGUAAUGCAGAGUACAAUCCAAAGCGUUUCGCAGCUGUGAUUAUGCGUAUUCGAGAUCCAAAGACUACGGCCUUGAUUUUUGCUUCAGGUAAAAUGGUGGUGACUGGAGCCAAAAGUGAAGAUGAUAGCAAAUUGGCAGCACGUAAAUACGCACGUAUUAUUCAAAAAUUAGGAUUUCAAGCGAAAUUUACCGAUUUUAAAAUUCAAAAUAUUGUGGGUUCGUGUGAUGUCAAAUUCCCUAUUCGUCUUGAAGGGUUGGCUUACUCUCAUGGUCAUUUCAGUUCUUACGAACCUGAAUUGUUCCCUGGUCUUAUCUAUCGUAUGGUCAAACCCAAGAUUGUCUUGUUAAUCUUUGUAUCAGGUAAAAUCGUCCUUACCGGUGCUAAAGUGCGUGAAGAAAUCUAUCAAGCUUUCCAAGCUAUAUAUCCCGUCCUUACUGAAUUCCGUAAGCCAUAAAAAAAAAAAAAAAAAAUGAAAAAAUUGAAAAAAAAAAAAAAUUACGCCCAAAGAUGCAAAAAAAAAAAGCCUCUUUUUUUUUUCUAAACUCCUCCCCUCCCCUCCCCUAAAAAAUAACGAUAUAACAAAAAAUUCAAUAUUAUUCUCCCCCCCCCCCCUCUUUUUAUGAAAGGUUCUUUUUUUGAAGAAAUCCCUUUUCAGUGUACAAAUUUUCUUUAUCCCCUUCAAUCUCUUUUUUUUUUUUUUCUUAUUAAUUGCUAAAUAAAAAAAAAUCCCAGAAA